GAAGGAAAGAAAAGAAAAGGGGAGAGAAGAGAAGAGAAGCGAAAGCGAAUGCGUUUUAUUUCGUUUCGCUUCUCACAGCCAGAGUACAUGAAUCCAGGAGCAGAGGAGGAGACACAUGGACAGAAGAGGAAGUGGACAUUGAGAGGAGACAAAGAGGAUCUCGCCGAGCAGUACUGUAACGAAGCACAAGGAGGGAGAGACGACUGGAGACGAGGAUCAUCAUCAUGAUGGCAGGAGCAGGAGCUGAACACCCUUCAGUGUCACUGCACAGCCUCCCAUGUGAAUCACACUGUUUUGGGGACACGGUGACCUCUUACUCUGAGGACUCAGCAGCACUCGUGGAUGUGUGUGUAAAAAGUGAGCCUGAAGAUGAGCACAUUUCCCACCCUGAAUAUUGUACUGAGGUUCAAGAGAUGGGCUCAGGGCUGCACCUGGAUACUGAGCACAUUAAAUCUGAGAUUGUCAUGGUAAAAAUAAUGGAGGACAGUACUGAGCUACAGUACAGAACUACUGAGGGGUUUUGCCCUCCAUCAGAGCACUUAAACUUUUCUAACUGUAUUUCAUCAAAACACUAUAAGUCAGAGACUGUUGAUGUGAAGAUAGAGCAACAUUCGCAGUUACAGGAGACUCCUUGUACAGAGAAGGAUUUAAAUGAAGCUAAUGUUCACUAUGGCAUAAAGGAGGAGUAUGCAGAUUUGCACUUGAAUAAAUUAAACACUUUUUCUUGUUUUUUAUCCAGACAGUAUAAAUCAGAGAAAGGAGAGGUUAAAGUAGAGCACCAUUCUGACUUAGAAGGAUCGUCCAGUACAGAGAUGGCAGUUAAUGAAGGUGAAGAUAACAUUUUACAGAGAAAUUCUGUGAAGCUGGAAAACAGUUUAAUCGCUGUAGGAGAUAAUGUAAAAUUUUGUUGUUUGCAGUGCGGAACAAGUUUUUUGGAAACUUGCCAGUUAAAACAACACCAGCUUAUUCAUUGUGGGAUGCAGUACAGUCAAUGUGGGGAGAGUUUGUCUCUGUUUGAGAAUUCAGAGAAACACCAGCUUGUUCAGUCUGUUGAAAAACCAUACAAAUGCACUGAAUGUGGGAAGAGUUUUUCCCAAAGAGGUACCUUAAAAGUGCACCACCGUGUUCAUUCUGGCAAGAAACCAUACAAAUGUAAUGAAUGUGGAAAAGAUUUUUCCCAUAGGUGUAGUUUAAAAAAGCAUUGCCUAAUUCAUUCUGGUGAGAAACCAUAUAAAUGUAAUGAAUGUGGAAAGAGUUUUUUCCGUGGAGAUGACUUAAAACAGCACCAGCUUGUUCAUUCUGGUGAGAAACCGUAUACAUGUAGUGAAUGUGGGAAGUGUUUUUUAACUGGCAGUAACUUAAAAAAGCACCAUCGUGUUCAUUCUGGUGAGAAACCAUAUAAAUGUAAUGAAUGUGGAAAGGAUUUUUCCCGAGGCGGUGACUUAAAAAAGCACCUGUUUAUUCAUUCUGGUGAGAGACCGUAUAAAUGUAGUGAAUGUGGGAAGAGUUUUUCAACUGGAAAUAACUUAAAACGCCACCUAUUUUUUCAUUCUGGGGAGAAACCAUAUAAAUGCGGUGAGUGUCUGAAGACUUUUUCCCAAAGAGGUACAUUAAAACAGCACCAACGUAUUCAUACUGGUGAAAAACCGUAUAAGUGUAGUGAAUGUGGGAAGAGUUUUUCUCGAUCUAAUCGCUUGAAACACCACCGGCUUCUUCAUUCUGGUGAGAAAACAUAUGAGAAGCUAUAUAAAUGUAAUGAAUGUGGAAAGGAUUUUUCCCAUGGUGGUUCCCUAAAAAAACACCUGCUAAUUCAUUCUGGUGAGAAAGCAUAUAAAUGUAGUCAGUGUGGAAAGAGUUUUUUUCAGUCUAGUCACUUAAAACAGCACCAACGCAUUCAUUCGGGUGAGAAACCAUAUAAAUGCAAUGAGUGUGGAAAGAGUUUUUCCCGUGGAGGUAACUUAAACCAGCACCAGCUUGUCCAUUCUGGUGAAAAACCAUAUAGUUGUAGUCAUUGUGGAAAGAGUUUUUCUCGAUCAAAUCACUUCAAACUCCACCAGCUUGUCCAUUCUGGUGAGAAACCGUACAAAUGUGGUGAAUGUGGGAAGAGUUUUUCCAAUGGAGGUAACUUGAAACAACACCAGCUUAUUCAUUCUGGAGAGAAACCAUAUAAAUGUAGUGAAUGUGGGAAGAGUUUUUCUCAGUCUAGUCACUUAAAAAACCACCACCUUAUUCAUUCUGGUGAGAAACCAUAUAAAUGUAGUGAAUGUGGCAGGAGGUUUUCACAGGGAGGUCAUUUAAAGCACCACCAGCUUGUUCAUUCUGGUGAGAAACCAUAUAAAUGUGGUGAAUGUGGGAAAGGUUUUGCUUUGAGGCAGCAUUUAAAAAUCCACAAGAGAACACACUGAAAGGUUUAUUGUAUAUUUCCAUAACCACAGCUAUGAGACACAGCCUCAGUUAAGUGGGGGGGCUGCAGAAAAAUGCGUACUGAAACCAAAGAUGUAGGUUUAAGUUCAGAUUAAUUUCUUGGUGCUCCCAACAGCAUUGUCUUAAUCCAGGAGUGUGCUAGUAACUGGACCUUGUGUCAGGUAAGUUUGGGACACUGAGUCCUGCUGCACAGAAGAACACAAAACGAAAAGCAUAGGGGCAGCUAUCUGACAGCGCCUUGCUUACACCUGCUGCCUUUCGACCUGAAGGCUACCAUUUUUAAUUUUUCAGCCUUACUGAACCUACUGUACAGUGCCCUUCAGCAAGGUCUUUACUCUAAAAUUGCUCUAGUGGAAUUACCCAGCUGCAUAAAUAGUAAACCCUGUAAGCAAAACAACUUUACAAAACAAACACUGUACGUUGGUGGGAGAAAGGGGUUGGGUAAUCGAACAAAUGUACCAAGUAAACUGGCUGCUCGUCUUACAAAUGUUUGACUCGCAGAUUUUCACAGAUUUACACAUUAUAUUUCUUCACUUACCCCGUUUUCUAGAGUGUUUGUAUUUUGUGGAGUUAAACCUGCUGUUCUCAUCACUAGCUGGCAGCAGAUCACUCUCAGAGUGUGGGAACCUUGUACCGCGAUGUUUGCGAGUCUCCGUGAUCAAGGUGGUGAAUAUCGGAUGUGUUUAUGACAUGAAUUAGUCAAUCAUUUGUAGAAAGGAGGUGUUUUUAUUUUUAGUCAUUCUAAUGUAUUCUGAAGUUAAUAAAACUGUUAGUCUUAUGUAUUAACUAUUGAAAACUGUUACAGAAGCUAAACUGUAAAUGAAUGGAGAGGUCUGUAUCAUUGAGCUUUUAUUAAGUGUGUAGAUAAUAAAGAAAAGAGGCUUAUGAACACUGCAUGCACGUCUGACAUGAAUUUGCCAGAACUGAUUAGGAGAUUGUGGAAAUUAAGUAUUUCUGGUAAUGUUAACUCAGUUUAAAUGAGGUUACUGGUGAUUUUAUUAUUUGAUCUUUGUUACUUUAAUAUCCUUUCAAUAAAAGAGUCACUAGGGCUAGGCAAAUGAUACAAAAUAAUAGACUACUUGGCAAAGUGUUAUUAA